AAAUUUAGGUGGGGGUCAAAAUAUGUUUGCUUAUUCAAUUCUUCAUGUGCCCUCCACAUUCUUCUGGAUUCUUCGAUAUUAUUUAUUUUAUGGCUGCCAAUAUGCGUAUAUAAGUUUUUGAAAUUCAAAAUACAACUCAAUUAUACAUUAAAAAAUUAGAAAAUUAAAAAUUAUUGAUUCUUGGUAUCUUAGUGCCUUCUCUGUCACCUUGAUCAUCUUUCAGAACAAGAAAUCUUUAAGUGAAAGGUAGAGAGAGAGGGGGGAAGAUGGAGGGAGAGAGAGAGACGACGAGAUAUUGGUGCCAUGCGUGUUCUAGAGUUGUGAAUCCGAUCGUCGAGGUCGAAUCGAUCAAAUGUUCGGUAUGUCAAGGCGGAUUCAUGGAGGAGAUGGACAGCGUAAGGACGGAUCAACGUGGUGGAGACGGUGGUUUGGAGGCCGAUCGCGGAGCCGCGUUGUGGGCUCCGCUCUUGCUAGGUAUGAUGAACACCCCUCUCCACCACCGGAGGGCUAGGCAGAUGGGGGGUGAUCAGCAAACCGACCAAGAAAACCGCCACGAGGGAGGCGCGGCGGAGUCGGACCCCGAGCUUGAACUGUUGAGGCGGCGGAGGAGCUCCGCCGCCAUCCUCCACCUCCUUCAUGGUAUUCGGGCCGGAAUGCUAGCCGAAUCCGAGAAUAACAACGAGGAGAGUGGAGCAGAGAACCGCCACGAAGGUGGGCGGGUUAUUCUCAUCAACCCGUUUAGCCAGACUAUUGUUGUUCAAAGCGGUAACGGUGGCGCAAAUCCGUUUGAUUCGAGCAACACGUCCCAAAACCAUCCGUUCGGUUCGUUCGGUGAUUAUUUUCUAGGCCCGGGUUUAGAGCAGCUCCUGCAACAUUUAGCCGAAAACGAUCCAAAUCGAUACGGGACACCACCGGCUCAAAAGGAAGCGGUCGAGGCGAUGCCAACGGUCACAAUCAAAGAAAAUUCGGUCCAAUGUUCGGUUUGUUUGGAAGAGUUCGAAAUAGGAACCGAAGCUCGAGAAAUGCCAUGUAAACACAUGUUUCACGGCGACUGUAUCUUGCCGUGGCUCGAGCUUCACAGUUCUUGUCCCGUUUGCCGGUACCAGAUGCCUGCUGACGAAUCGAAGAUCAACCGAGAACAAGAAGGGUCAAGGGGCAAUUCGGUAAAUUCAAACCGCGACAAUGGAACUAGUAACCAAGAGAGACGAUUAGAGAGACAAUUUUCUAUACCUCUCCCUUGGCCUCUUAGUUUGUUCUCAGGGGCUAAUAAUGUAAACUCGAGUUCUGUGACGAGAUCAGCUUCGGGUUCACCACCAAGGGUGAACCCCGAAGCUGAUCGUCGAGAAGACGGUCGUUAAAAUCUCUACAACGGGUGCUAUAUCUCGCUUCUCUCUGUAUCUUCGUGUUAAACCUAUCUCUUCCAUUGUGGAUGCAUCUCAACAUUCAAGUUUAUUUAUUUUGUGGUGGUUGGAUGUAUUUAUCAUGUAAUAUAUAUAAAAGUUAUGAAACCUAUAUAUUUCAUUAA